AUGGCCCUGCUAGGCUGUGCCACAAUCGUACCAGUGUCAGCCAUGGUUGAUUCGUGUAGUGCUCAGCCCGUUACGGGCCUUUGCAUCGACGGUAGUUGGGUUCAGGUCUACAAUCGCACCAACUUUGGUGAUUGUUGCGAGCAUUGCAUGCUCAAUGCCGGCUGCGAGGCCUUUGAACUCAUUCCCGACGCGAGCGACCAAAGCUCUACUUGCUAUCUCAAGCGUGGCUGGGUGAACGUGACCAACCCCAACCGGACUGACUGUACCGUAGGAUAUGUCAAAGGCCUCAACAUUCCAUCACCAUCACUGCCCCCACGACCACCGAUUAAGGUCGCCCCAACAGGCGCCAAGAACAUUCUCUUUAUUCCGGUGGAUGACAUGCGUCCUAGCAUUGGAACCUACAAUUUUUCCUUGGUCCAUACCCCUAACAUGGAUCGCUUGGCGACACAAGGACUUCGCUUUGACAACGCCUAUGUUCAAUAUGCGUAUUGUGCGCCAAGUCGCAACAGCUUCAUGAGUGGCCGGCGCCCUGACACAACCAAGGUACCUGUUCAACGUUUGCAUUUGUCGAGCUCAAACAGCUUGGACCGAGAUAACACGAGCCAACACCCGCGCGUUUGGAAUUUUAUUAAUCAUUUUCGCCAGCACGACGUGGGUGCUUCUUGGUUUUCAUUGCCCGAGUAUUUCAAGCAGAACGGCUACCUGGCUCUCGGUGGCGGCAAACUCUAUCAUCCCAAUGUACCUCCUCAAAAUGAUUUUCCUUACUCCUGGACGCCUGAAUAUCCCUAUUAUCCCAAUGAGCCAGCCAACUUGAAUCACACCUGCCUUGAGCAAUUUCCUUCCAACGAUCUCACCUAUUGUGUCGCUGACGUGGAUAAGGAUGACGUUAUCCUUGAAGACCAGCAAAUUAUGAGCAAUUGUCUGGCGCAUCUUCAAAUUGCCAAGAAUGAGAGUGGCAAUCGACCAUUCUUCAUUGGUUGCGGCCUUCACAAGCCCCAUGUGCCUUGGAUUGUUCCCAAGGCAUUUUUCGACAUGAUCCCGCCCUGGGAGGAAGUACCAGCCGCUUUGGACCCCUGGGCACCUGUUGACAUGCCACUGCCUGCAUGGCAUCCGGCUGCCGAUGUACACGGGCUUUCCUAUGGGUUCAAUGGUACUUGCAACGAGACCAUUAGCAAGUGGUACCGCCGAGCCUACUAUGCCGCUGUGAGCUAUCAAGACUACAAUAUCGGCAAGACCAACAGCACGGGCAAAAAUACCCGAGUACUGGCCGAAAUGGUGGACAUUUAUCCUACGCUGGCCGAGUUAGCAGGACUCCCGGCCCCACAGGAGCAAGGGCAAGACUUGAAUGGCACAUCUUUGGCAACUAUUUUUGAUGAUCCAUCACAGAUGAACCUGAAACCAGCAGCUUUCUCCCAAUUCGGCAAGGGCUUUCCUUUUCCUCUCACUCGGGUGCUUGGCGAGGUGAAGAUAUCAAACUUUAGCGUUACUUCCGUCUUUUUACGCAACAGCACGGAGAUCAUGGGAUACACCAUUCGUGUGCGUGACUGGCGUUAUACCUGCUGGUUUGGCUUUGACAACGAAACUGUGUCUGUGCGUCGAACGGAUAUAUUGGGCCGGGAGCUCUACGAUCAUCGCGGUGAUAUGGGCUUGUAUCUCGACUGGCCCGGCGAGAAUAUCAAUGUGGUUGAUUACGAGGAGCAUGCCGAGGUUGUAGCGCAGCUUCACCAGCAACUUUUGGACUAUAUACGACUGUGA